UGAAGGCAGUUGAAUUGGACUUGGCGGACGUGUAAUAUACUCUGUGGGCUCAUAACUUACCACCUGAUUUUCUAAACACAAAACUAGUGAAAUGUUAGUUAAAGACCGCAGUAUGCCUGGCAAGUUAUGGACGGUAUUGUGCCUUAUACAGUUAGUGUCGUUAGCUUUGGCCGACUUCCAUGCGCUGCCGCCACCACGGAGAAAUGCGGCGGCACGGGAUCUCAAUAUCGUCAUGGGUCAAGGUUUAGCUCAAAAUAAUCGCAAGGUGCCAAUUGCCGAAUUAGAGCCGCAAUUCUGGCAUGAUCAAGCCAAUAGUGAGCUAGAAAAGCGACUAAAUGCACCAUUAAAUAAGAAUCGUGCGAAAAAUGUAAUCUUCUUUCUUGGUGAUGGCAUGCCAAUCUCAGCCAUUACUGCGGCAAGAAUAUUGCAUGGACAGCGUGUCGGCUUCUCGGGUGAAGAACAGUUAUUGUCAUUUGAGAAAUUUCCCUACUCCGGUUUGAGCAGAACCUACUGUACCAAUGGGCAAGUACCGGAUUCAGCGUGUACAUCGACCGCUUAUUUGACCGGCGUGAAAACGAAUUUGCUGCUGCUGGGCGUAAAUGCAAAAGUCAACUAUAACAAUUGUUCGGCCAGCAUGGAUCCCAGCAAUCAUUUGACCUCGCUGUAUGAUUGGGCGCAGGCAGCAGGUAAAGCUUCAGGUUUUAUCACCACCACCACACUAACGCACGCCAGUCCAUCGGGUGGUUAUGCGCAUGUAGCCAAUCGACAAUGGCAAAGCGAUGCCGAUGUGUUAUCAUAUGGCUAUGAUCCGGCCACCUGCACGGAUAUGGCACAGCAAUUGAUCGCAGAAGAGCCGGGCAGACGAUUGGAUGUGCUUAUGGGUGGUGGUAUGGGCAAAUUUCUACCGAAGACGAUAACGGAUUCUUUCGGUAAUCCCGGUGAACGUUUAGAUGGUCGAAAUUUACUAACACGCUGGCAGAAUCUACAUCCGAAUGGUCUCAUCGUAAAAAAUCGUGAUGAACUAUUACGUGUAAAUAUUAGUCGAGUAUCGAAUAUAAUGGGUCUCUUCCAUUCCCAAGUGAUGAAUUAUAAUUUGGAAGCGAACGACCAACAGCCGACACUAGCUGAAAUGACCGGUGUCGCUUUGGCUUUCCUCAAUCAAAAACCAAAUGGCUAUUUCAUCUUCAUCGAAGGUGGCCUUAUAGACUAUGGUAAUCACGAGAAUAAACCCGGUAUAGCUUUGGAUGAACUUUUGGAGUUCGAUAAAGCCAUACAGUUAGCACGUUCUAUGACCGAUCCAGCAGAUACUUUAAUCGUUGUGACAGCGGAUCAUGGUCAUCCUUUAUCUAUAUCCGGUUAUCCUGAGCGUGGUAACAGUAUUUUGGGUUUGAAUAAAAUGGGUACGGACUCACAAGGUGUGCCAUAUGCGACAUUAAAUUAUGCAGUUGGACCACAACAAUACCAGAACCCAGAUGGUGGCAGAAUAGAUUUGACCGAUAAAAUGGGAAAUCCAGAAUUCGUUGCGCCUAGCUACAUUAACCUCACGAUAGGCGUUCAUUCCGGUGACGAUGUGGCCGUAUAUGCUUCAGGUCCUUGGGAGCAUCUUUUCUCAGGCGUUAUGCAACAAAAUCUACUACCGCAUAUGAUGGCUUAUGCCAGCUGUAUUGGUGACGGACAGAAAAUGUGCAGCUGAACAUGUACUAAGCGAUAGAGGGCUAACACUUAUUUCUAGAUAUUAAUGCACAGUGCUCUAGUUAAUUAAAAAAAUAAAUAUAAUUUUUUUAUAGCUUGACGGGUUAACAUAAUACAUAUAUAGCUUAUUUAUGGAUUAAAAAAAGUAUGCCUCAAAAGAGUGUGAUGACAACAAUAAGUAAGGACUUAGACAAUUAUAGCUACUUGUUGCAAAAUUAUUAAAGUUUUCAGUGAAAAGAAAAAAAAUAUCAAAAA